AUGCAGUUGCUCAAGUCGCAGAUCGACCAGAAGACGGGGUCUGGCUUCGUGACGCUGUUGCCAGAAGAGCCAGAGGACAUGUGGCACGCAUACAACCUCAUCCAGGAACAUGACCGCAUCCGCGCAAAGGCAGUACGCCGCGUGUCGAAGACGUCAGACGCAGGCUCCGUGUCCUCGCAGCGCAUAGCCCUCGACCUCACCAUCGCCGUCACGUCCACCGACUUCGACAUCGGCUCUGGGCAGCUGCACGUCUCCGGGAAAGUUGCAUCGGAGAACGAGCAUGUCAAGAUGGGGCAGCACCACACGCUCGAUCUCGAGCUCAACCGCAAAUUCACGCUGGAAAAGGCCGAUGGGUGGGACAGCGUGGCUCUGGAGAUGCUGAAGGAGGCGUCCGAGACUGAGCGCCGCGCAGAACUCUGGGCUGUCGUCCUCGGCGAGGGCACCGCCAAUAUUUGCAUCAUCACCGAGCACCAGACCAUCCUGCGCCAACGCAUCGAGGUCGGAGUGCCGCGAAAGCGCAAAGGCGGCGUCGACGGCCACACAAAGGGCAUGGACAAGUUCUUUGCCACGACUCUCUCCACACUGCUGCGACAAAUCGACCUCCCCGCUGCCACAGCUACACAGGGCAAGACAUUACCCUUGCUGCUCGCGAGCCCAGGCUUCGUCGCCAACGCGUUCCUCGCCUACAUCAGGACCGAAGCAACACGCACAACCAACAAACCACUCAUGGCGCUCAUGCCCUCGAUCGUCGUCGCACACAGCUCCUCCGCACACAUCCACAGCCUCAACGAGAUCCUCUCGUCCCCCGCCAUAACGACAAAGCUCUCCGACACAAAGUACGCCCGCGAAACCGCUCUCAUGGACAAGUUCCUCACACUCAUGCGCCUCGACGACGGCCGCGCAUGGUACGGCCCCCGCGAGGUCGAACGCGCCGUAGACAAGGGUGCAGUGGGGCGAGGCGGCGGCGUCCUGAUGAUCAGCAACAGCCUAUUCCGGGCGCAGAACGUGAAGCAGCGGCGGCGGUGGGUGACGCUGGUAGACCGCGUGCGGGACGUCGAGGGCGGCGAGGUGCGGGUGCUGAGCUCCCUGCACGAGAGCGGGAAGCGACUCGAGGGCCUGGGUGGCGUGGCGGCGAUUCUGACCUACCCGCUCGAAGACCUGGACGAGGAGGGCGACGACGUCGAGCACGGCGGCGAGGGAGAGGGCGAGAUGGUCAUUUAG